CGGGCUGCCAGCUGGUGUAUACUGUCGCUGGAGUCGCCGGAGCCUACACUCGGCCCCGAGAUGACGGCGAGGAAGAGGGUGGCGAAGGAGCUGGAGGAUCUUCAGAAGGCUCUUCCUUGGUACCUGCGGAACCUGUUCAGUGAUGACAACAACGUCCUGGUGUGGCAUGUGCUCCUCCUGCCCGAGAAGCCACCCUACAACCUCAAGGCCUUCUCCCUGCGCAUCAACUUCCCUGAGCAGUAUCCGCUCAUGCCCCCCACGCUGACGUUCACAACCCGGAUCUACCACCCCAACGUGGACCUUGACGGUCGGGUGUGCCUACCCAUCAUCAGCAAGGAGAACUGGAAGCCUUACACCAAGGCCUACCAAGUCUUGGAGGCCCUCAACAUUCUGGUGCAUGAACCGGAGCUGAAGCUAGGGGGGCCCCUGCGCCUGGAGCUCGCUGACCUGCUAGCAAAGGACCCGGAGCUGUUCAGAAGGAAGGCCGAAGAGGAAACCCUCAAGUUUGGAGAGCACCGGCCCUCCUAACGCUGGUUCCGCCCUACUGUGGGCGUGAUGGACAGACACACCGCACGGACUGGGGCCAGAGCCCCUGGGUGGCCCAUUCCCGGCUCAGUUUUCCUGUUCUGUUUUGUUUCUCUCCUUCGGUUGUUAGUCAUUAGUUGUGUGAGUGGUAUAUGGUAUGUGCGGACCCAGUUCCAGGUUCACCCGGCCACAGAUGGGCUUUCCCCCUCCCUUUCUCUGCCCCAGAGCUCAUCUGCAGAAUCGCAGGCCAGCUCUCCAGCAUUCUCUCAUGUGGGGAUCCUGGUCUUACUAGUUGCUCCAUCUUAGAGGUCAUUUUCCAGGCCAGCUCACAGGAAAUGAGCCCAGCAGCCAGCCAGAAUCCCCCUGGGGCCCAGGCAUCUGGGGCUCUGGGGACGGGGUGGGGAGGCUGGACACCGUGGAGGGAGUCACCUCCGAUUGGGUGAUUCAUUGGUUACAUGAUUGAAAUCAGCCAGGCUGCUGAUAAACGUGUAGAUUUUGGUGCUAAACCUUUUCCUUUCCACUGAGGCAUCACUAAGUGAAGACUAUGAUCUCCAUCCCAGAAAUCUCACUACAUGGUUUCCAAACCACUUGCAAUCUUAUUAAGCUGCCCCUCCCUGGAGGCCAGGCUUCAGGCUCGAAAACCACCUGCAUUUAUUUAUUUACAGAGAGAGGAAAAGGAGGGAGAAAGAAAGGGAGAGAAGCAUCCAUCAGUCACCGUUCGUCUGUGCCCUGACCAGGGACUGAACCCACAACCCAGGCAUGCGCCCUGACUGGGAAUCGAAUGGGCGACCUUUCACUUUGCUUUCAGUUCAGGGGAGUCGUGGAAAUCAUGUGUAUGUCCAGCCAUUAAAGUCACUGAUGAAUUGUGGAGUCUGGCUCAGUGUUUGUUGAAGGGAUGGAGUGGUUUC